AACACACCUGCUGCUUCGCAACCAUGGACGGCCACCACCACAUGCCGCCGCAUGGCCAUGGGUCUUCAUCGUAUCAGAAUGGCUAUAACCAAGUCAAUGAAUUUGGCAACAUUCUUUCAAAUGGCGGAGAUAAUGAUAACUUCCCCAACUGGGACUACGAUGCUACCUCUCAUAUGACAAACCCAAAUGCUCAANNUCAGAGCCAUACUUGUCUUGGCAAUCGAAUACCGGCAUCAAUAACUACAAUCCUCAUGCCUUUACCAAGAGCCCAUCAAACCUUCAGACGACUCCCUUUGCUGGCUACAGCAAUCCACAUCAAUACUCAUACUCUACAUAUGAUCCCNUCGUUGGUGCCUGGUGCCACAAAUGGAUCUGCUCAUGAAAUUGGUCCGUCUCCAUAUGACCAACCGCAACAGAUACAUGGCACCAUUGCUCCGCAAGCUCUGGAGCACGAGCGUGCUCAUCCUGUUCGGCCAAAUCAGGCUUUGGAUUCGUCAUACUCUCGCCCGCCCACUACGGAUCCUCCCAGCUAUACCAGAGUUAUCCCUCCAGCACCUACCGCGGACCAGGCAGCACUGCAUAACGCCAUUCCAGCCGGUACUCGUACUGGAAAUUUUUGGGUGAAGGAUAUCGGUCGACUGAGCGAAGCAACCAAUUCUGCCCAGGUGAAUUCGUUUACUCUCGUCGGCAACACCGAGUUUGAGCUCCCCAUCAACAGAGAAAAACUGAGAAAGAAGGAAAGAAAGCCUCCUGCAUUGCCUGCAGGUUCGGUGUCGGUCGGCCGAUCGCAACCUGUGAAGCAGGAGCACUCAGAUUCUGAGUCGGAGUCAUCAGAUUAUGAUUCAGAUGAAGAUUCUGAUGAGGAGCCCGAGGUCUCUCCUCUACCUGCACAGAGACCCGAUGAUCCUCGCGAAGGCGUCAGAUAUGACACUAUCAAGGCUCUUUGGGAGAGUCGUCAUACUGGUGUUGUUGCUGACAGGAUUAGAACUGGCAUGGUAGAAUUCAAUGAAGUUUUGCAAACCGUGAAGAAUCGAUGGAAGGCUGAUUCCGUUGCUCUGACCGAUGCAAUUGAUCGCAAGAGGAACAGUGAACUGCCUCUUCUGAGGAGCAGGGUCAAUGAUCAACUUGAAAUGUUGAACGUCGUAUUGCAAACCGCAAUCGAUCAUGGAAACAGGGAUAUCAUGGCACAAAUUUUAGANCUUGGCCAGCAUGCUCAGAUCAUGGCCUCUUUCGCACAGUUCUUGAUCGAUCGAAUCAAGAAAAACGACUACGACGGAUCUCUUACGCGCCUAAUUCUCGAGGUACUCGUGCGCUGCGACACGUUCCCCGCAAGAACUUACGACGUGACCAAGUUGGGCAAGUGUAUCAGUAAUCUAAGCAAGAACGGCAACAAGGAAACCCAUGAUAUCUGUGAGCGUAUAAAGGGCAACGUCACAGGCGGCGCCGAGGGUCAAGCGAGCACCGAACAGCAGUCAAGCGUUAAAUCACCUCCAAGCAACCGACCUACCCCCGAGCCUAUUGCUGGUGUCAAGCGUGCUGCUCCCGGCAGUGCAUCUUCUGACCAGGCUUCGAAGAGACAAAUCGAUCGAGAAGAAGGCAGCUCCUGCAGCUCCAGCCAAACCUGCUUUCUCCUUUGCGGAAACAAUGGCAAAUUUGAACAAAAGCAAGGAAAAGGAACCCAGCGCCCGAGACGCAAGAGGAGAAGGCAAAACGCCUGCGUAAAGAGGGAAAGACGCAAACUUCGCGUUACUUUCAAGCCUGACAGUCAGCUUGUCGAAACCCGAAUCUUCCAUCACGACGCCGAGGAGGAACUUGGCCAUGAUGCGAGCAUGAUUCGCGAUGUCAGCGAUGUUGGUGGUGAAGGCCGCAUGUUCAAGCAGCACAAGGACAUGAUGGAUAUCGAUGAGGAUGACGAUACUGCUACGGGCGAGGAAAAUCUUGGAGAAUAUGUCACCCCAACUUUGACCGAUUUCAGUUCGGUUGAUGUCGAGGAGCGGAAGAGAAACUACAGUCGCUACGCUGGCGGCGAGCUCCAGCCAGAGUCUGCAGAGCGUGUUAAGCGCGAGCAGUACGAGGCUAGUACCUUGAUGGUCUUCUACACAGACCCGAGUGAUAUUCCACCUAGCCCGCGCGAGCCAGCAGAGCCUUACAAUGGCGAAGAGGUCAACACAAAGGCGUUCGGCGCUGUGGGCACUCAAGAGCCGCUUGCUACGAGGAUUGCAAAGCUUGCUGGACCCGUUCAACCUGCACAGACUCAACAAUCAAGCGCUGCCCCUGAUAUCUCUGCGAUCUUGGCUCUGAUCAACCCACAAGGUCAAGCUCCUUCCCAGCCCACCCAGCCCGCCCAGCCUGUUUCAGCUCCUACGUCGAUGUCAGCACCAAGCCAAAACCAAGACCAAAUGGCCGAAAUUCAACGUAUUCUGGCAUCCAUACCACAAGCGCCAUCUCAGNCAGCAACAAUCUCAGCCUAUGCAUGUUCAGCAACCAGUUCAGCAGCCCGCGCAGCC